AUGACCCCUUUGCGGGAAGCAGUUGGAGCGAAGGGAGGAACAGUAAAUGAUUUCGUGCUGCAGGAAGAUCCCGAGUGGGAUCGGAAUGUGUCUGGAGAUUAUAAAAGGUUAAGAAUUUACCAGGAAUUAUUAGUAGAGGGAGAGUUGACAGAAUUUAGAAUGGAUAUUGGAGCUAGUUUUUCGGCAAUGAAUAAAUUGAUGGGGCUAUUAAGUGAUUCAACUGCAUGGGUGGUAGGAGUUUCAGGACAAAUAGAGGAAAAGACGUUUCUAAGACCCCUAGAUAUCAAAUUUAGAGGAAAAGAAUUAGAUCAUCAAUUUUUGUACAUGCCCAAUAGUCCUGAAUGUUUGCUAGGAAGAGAUCUGCUCUCAGCCUUGCAAGCUAAAAUUAUAUUUGAAAAAGGAAGGGUCAAGAUAGAAAUUCCGGAAGAGAACUUAGCAAAAAUUUUUGUUGUAAAAGAGGUAGAAAAGGAAGAGAUACCGCAGGAAAUAGAACAGGCUGUAGUGCCCUGGGUAUGGGAAACAGGGGUCCCUGGAAAAUCCAAAGCUGCUACUCCAGUUAGAAUAGAAUUAAAAGAAGGAGCACAACCUGUUAGAGUGCGACAAUACCCAAUUAGUUUAGAAGCUAGGAAAGGAAUAGCCCCAAUGAUCUCACAGUUUCUAGUUUUAGGGAUAUUAAAAGAAUGUGAGUCAGAGUUUAAUACUCCCAUUUUUCCAGUAAGAAAGCCUAAUGGUAAGUAUAGGUUAGUACAAGACUUGAGAGCAGUAAAUCUCAUCAUAAAAGAUAUCCACUCGGUUGUAGUUAACCCUUACAACUUGUUAACAUCUGUUUCUGAGAGAUUUCAGUGGUUUACAGUGAUUGAUCUAAAGGAUGCCUUCUUCUGCAUACCACUGGCACAAGAAAGUUGGAAGAUUUUUGCCUUUGAAUGGGAAAACCCAGAGACUGGACGGAAGCGACAGCUUACUUGGACUCAGUUACCGCAAGGAUUCAAAUAUUCACCUAUGAUAUUUGGUAAUCAGUUAGCAAAAGAACUUGAAGAAUGGAAGACUACUCAGGUAAAAGAAUCUCCUUUUUCAUAUAUAAUACUUCAGUAUGUUGAUGACAUCUUCCUGGGAGCUACAGAACAGGGACUCUGUCGUCAGUUAACCAUUGAACUGUUAAACAUGCUGGGGCAAGCAGGCUACCAGGUUUCAAAAGAAAAGGCUCAACUAGUAAAACAGAAAGUUAUUUAUCUGGGAUGUGAAAUUUCACAAGGAGUUCGGCGUUUGGGUGCAAAUCGUAUACAAGCAAUAUGUGCUAUCCCAGUACCCCGAAAUAAUCAAGAAUUAAGAUCUUUUCUAGGAAUGGUCGGAUGGUGCAGGCUGUGGAUUCCCAACUUUAGGCUGACUGCCAGACCAUUAUAUGAAGCAGUAAAAGAGCCCAAGCUGACCUGGGGGACGAAGCAGGAGAAAGCAUUCCAGGAACUGAAAAGAGCCCUCCAGGAAGCACCUGCCCUGGGACUACCAGACCUAACCAAAGAAUUCCAGCUUUAUGUCUGCGAGAGACAACGAACAGCUUUAGGAGUACUCACUCAGCGGUUGGGAUCCUGGAAGAGACCGGUGGGGUAUUUCUCCAAACAGCUGGACGCAGUAAGUGGGGGAUGGCCGGGGUGCCUCAGAGCCGUGGCAGCGACGGUUAUUCUAAUUCAAGAAGCACGAAAAUUGACUCUGGGGAAACACAUGGUGGUGUACGUGCCCCACAUGGUCAUAGCAGUUUUGGAACAAAAAGGGGGGCAUUGGCUCUCCUCUAGCCGUAUGUUACAAUAUCAGGCUCUGUUAAGAGAGCAAGAUGAUGUUGAACUGAAAAUCACUAACCAUCUCAACCCAGCAGAAUUCCUUAGGUCUACAAAGGAAGAAGGUGUCCUGGAGCACGACUGUGUAGAGACCAUUGAACAGGUCUACGCGAGUAGAAAAGACCUGAAGGAUGAACCACUGACAGAUCCUGACUGGGAGUUGUAUACUGACGGAUCUAGCUUUGUGGAGAAUGGCACCAGGUAUGCUGGGUAUGCAGUGGUCACUCUACAACGAGUGAUAGAAGCAAAUGCACUACCCCCAGGUACGUCUGCACAAAAGGCCGAAAUUUGGGCAUUGGUGAGAGCUUUAAUACUAAGUCAAGGAAGGAGAGUUAAUAUAUGGACUGACUCCAAAUAUGCCUUUGGAGUAGUUCAUGUUCACGGAGCACUCUGGAAAGAGAGAGGACUUCUUACUUCUCAAGGGACAUCAAUUAAACAUCGAGAAGAAAUUUUACAAUUGCUAGAGGCAAUACACAAGCCUUCGGCAGUGGCAAUAAUGCAUGUCAGAGGACAUCAAACUGAUCCCGGACGAGAAUUUCAAGGUAAUCGACAGGCUGACCAAGCGGCUAAACAAGCCGCCAGAGAGGACAAGAUUAAACCCAGGGAGAGAAUAGGAGUAAGUCCAUACGAAAUAUUGUAUGGCAAGCCCUAUCAUGCAGCUACCUAUCAAGGGGAUCCUCAUGUGGUGGGGGAUCAAGCAGUGUUUAACUAUGUGUUAUCCUUAAAUAAAACUCUCACAGCCCUCAGAGGAGCGCUGCAGUGGAAUCGACCUCUGCCCCUGGAGAAUCCGGUUCAUGACAUUUCUCCAGGAGACCAAGUCUAUGUGAAAAACUGGUCGGUGGAACCGUUAAAGGAAACAUGGGACGGUCCUCGCCAGGUGAUAAUGACCACUUACACGGCGGUGAAGGUCGAGGGAAUCGACAAUUGGAUCCAUUACACCCGAAUCAAGAAGGUUCCAGUCUCGUGGUCGGUAGAACCUCUCUCACCUACAAGGAUGGUAUUUCGAGCCAACCAUUGA